GGCCCGGCCCCGGGCCCGCUCGCCCGCCGCCCCGCAUGGAGCUGUCAGCCAUCGGCGAGCAGGUGUUCGCUGUGGAAAGCAUCCGGAAGAAGCGCGUGAGGAAGGGUAAAGUCGAAUACCUGGUGAAGUGGAAAGGAUGGCCCCCAAAGUACAGCACGUGGGAGCCGGAAGAGCACAUCCUGGACCCCCGCCUCGUCAUGGCCUAUGAGGAGAAGGAGGAGAGAGACCGAGCAUCGGGGUAUAGGAAGAGAGGUCCGAAACCCAAGCGGCUUCUGCUGCAGCGGCUGUACAGUAUGGAUCUGCGGAGCUCCCACAAGGCCGCGGGCAAGGAGAAGCUCUGCUUCUCCCUGGCUCGCCCACUCGCCAGCGGGAGCCCCGAGGGGGUGGUCAAGGCAGGGGCGCCCGAGCUGGUGGACAAGGGCCCCUUGGUGCCCACCCUGCCCUUCCCGCUCCGCAAGCCACGCAAGGCCCACAAGUACCUGCGACUCUCACGCAAGAAGUUCCCGCCCCGCGGGCCCAACCUGGAGAGUCACAGCCAUCGACGGGAGCUCUUCCUGCAGGAGUCUCCGGCCCCAGACGCCCUGCAGGCGGCCGGCGAGUGGGAGCCCACUGAGCAGACCCCUGAAGAGGAGGCAGAUGCAGACCUGGCCGAUGGGCCCCCUCCGUGGACACCCACGCUCCCCCCGAGUGAGGUGACCGUGACCGACAUCACCGCCAACUCCAUCACCGUCACCUUCCGCGAGGCCCAGGCCGCUGAGGGCUUCUUCCGAGACCGCAGUGGGAAGUUCUGAAUCACCAUGUUUUUACUCUUACACUGCUUUCUUCUGGGCUUGGGACGGGGACUUUCAGAGAUGGGGAGGGUCAAGGGCGGGAAAUUAUCUUAAAGAUACUGAACAGAAGGGGGCGACCCCGCUCUCUCCCCUACCGUGCCCCCUUCUCCACGAGGGAUGCUUACCGGAGGCUUGGGGGCCGGGGCGUGGAAGCUGGUCUUUCUUCUGCCGGCUGGGCCACCCUGUCCAAGGCAGAGUGGGGACAGGGCUGCCCUGCCCUGGAUGCCUUCUGCAGUUCUCCC